AUGCCAGUGGACGAGUUUCAAGACACCGACAGCUGUCAGAUGGAGCUGCUUCUGCUGCUCUGCCGCCCCCUGCCGUCUGCGCCGACCCUGACCCUCGUGGCUGACGAUGACCAGCAGAUCUACUCCUUCCGUGGCGCCAUGGGCCUGCCUAACCUGCGCCGCUUCCUCCGAACCUACCCGCAGGCUCGGACGGUCUGUCUCGACCAGAAUUUCCGAAGCUGCGGCUCGGUGGUGGAGGUUGCCCGCCACGUCAUCGCGCACAACCAAUGGCGGCACGCCAAGUGGAUGGUCACAGCAGCGCCAGUGGGCCCGCUUGUCUCGUUGUGCGAGUGUCGGACGGAUCGGUGCGAGGCGACAGCUGUGGUCGGCAAGAUCUGUCAUCUAGUGGGGUCAUGCGGGGUGCCAGCAAAUCAGAUCGCAAUCCUGUACCGUGUGCAGGCUGUAGGAAAGGUGAUUCGGCAGUAUCUGAAGAGCCAUGGGAUCAAGGUGUCUUCUGCAGCAACAGGAGGAGGGGGAGCAGGGCUUGGGAGUGGAGGAGGAGGGGGAGAGUGGGGAGCAGCAGAGGAGGAUGGGGUGGCAGUAGCUGCAAGUGGUUUCAUAGCAGAGGGGGGCAACGGUGCCAUGGCUGGUGCUAGGGGAGGGAGAGGGACGGGGACAGUAGGAGCAGUUUUCCAUGAUAUCCUGGCUCUCCUGCGAUUGGCUGCCAAUGAAUCGGAUGACGUGGCGUGUCGGCAGGUCCUGCGCUUUGUCUGCCCGCCGCCCACCCGCCAGGUGGCAGUCUGUCUGCGCACGCUACAGUGCGCCCCACACCGCAUCUCCCUCCUGCCUGCUGCCCGCAUGACUCGUCUGCACCUCCUCGGCAUCUCCCGCUGCGCCGCCCUCUCCAACGUGUCUUCCACCAACCCCGGCGGUGCUUGUAACGGAUCAGCAGGCAACAGCAGUGCUUAUAACGGAUCACUCUCUACCCAUGCACACAACGCAACCGACCCCGCAUGGCCCCACACGCUCUCACCAGAAGACAUGGAGGUUCUAGAGGGAAUAAAGAGGAUGGCUGCAUCAGUCUCUGAGCUGCAAGGUCUUCUGGGCAUCCCCCCGCCUGGCUGGUCCUCCCCCCCUGCUCGUGCCUCCUCUGCUCCUGCCUCUGCAUCGCGCCCCCCUGCAAGCAGCAGGAGGAGAGGCAUUGGUGCUGGGAUUAUGGGUAUGGGUGGUGGGACUACGUCCUUAUCCGCGAUUUUCCACGGAGAAGGAGGAGGGGAGGAGGAGGAGGAUGAUGGGGUGUCCUACCGUUACAGUCCGGGCAGCAGCAGUGAGAGCAAGCAGGGCGGCAGGAGGCCGAGCUACGCCGACCUGCUGCUGCAGCGUGACGGAGUGGUGGGAGUGGUGGGCGGCACCGGCAUGGCACAGGGAAUGGGGCUCGCCCGAUGGUCCAAUGCUGCAGGGGCUAACGCUGCAAGGCAGGUGGAUUUGGAAAGACGGAUGGGGAAGCAAGGAGAGGUGGCCUCAAACGAUCCUGGUGCUGGUGCUGGUGCGGGUGGUUAUACUCGUAGCGAUGGUAAUGAUGGUGAGAAGGGAAAUGACGAGAGGGAGUUGGAGAGAGAGGAGGACGGGGAGGAGGCGGAGGAGGAGGUAGUGGUCCAGUUUGUAGACAGAGUGAUGGAGAGAGUGCAUGAGAGGGAGCUCGGGGUGGGUGUGGAGGAGGGGUUGGGAGUGGUGGGGGACGGUGCUGGUGAGAGAGAUUUUGGUGGGGUGGGGCGUGGGGGGAGGCGAGCAGGGAGAGGGGUUGAGGGGAAGGGGCGGGGGAGUGGGGGGAGUGGGGGGAGUGGUUGGAGGGAGAGUGAGCAGGAGAGCGGAGGGGUGGUGCUGAGUACAAUUCACCAGGCCAAGGGGCUGGAGUGGCAGGCUGUGAUUGUAGUGAGGGCGAACGAGGGCGUGCUCCCACUGGUGGACUUCAGUAGAGUCACACAGGCCCCUGCCACUGCCACCACCACCAACUACCCGCCCACACCCCAAACUUUACCACCGACAACAACGGCAACGACAGCAGAAGCAGCAGCAAGAACGACCAUGCAGGGCAGGUCAUCGCGAUCAGGUGCCCAUACGGAAGGAGGGGCAGUGGGAGGAGGAGAGGGGUGUGGGCGUGAGUGUGGGGUGCGGCCCCUGCCUCCACUGCCUUCUAUGCCCCCAGACUACGACGCUCAGCUGGAGGAGGAGAGGAGGCUUAUGUACGUGGCGCUCACCAGAGCACAGCAGCAUCUCAUGGUGCGUCUGCAUGCAUGCACUCCACCUUCCCUCCACCUCCCCUCCACCUAUGCUUCACUCACAGAGCUCUCCACCUAUGUUUCAGUGAUAGAGCUUACUGAAGGCUGA